UUCGACGUAAACUACAACACUGUAACAAAAUGGCGACUGUUUAGGUGACGCCACUUUUUAACGCUGGCAUUUUACAGAGCGUUUGUCGUGUGUUGUUUUAUACUUUUAUGUUUUUGUAAAAUAUUUUGUAUCCAGCUUGGACUCACUUGGACCUCAAGAUUAAGGUGAGACCGCAUCAAGCUCAGUUCCUGGUUGUGGAAUUUAUCAGUGGCAACUUUUCCCCUCAAAUGUCCUUCGUCUCAACCUCCAGGAUUUGACGAGCCAGUUUGGACGGCGCUGUGGAACGUACCUUUGUUUGACCUCGCCAAAGGAUGUGAUUGUACCCAUUGGCGCUUGGCAGCAUGCGGGAUUCCGCAUGGAUGGCGAAUUUGUGAGUCUCCCAGUCCAACCAUGGUGAAACUCGCCAACCCUCUGUACACGGAGUGGAUUCUGGAGGCCAUACAGAAAAUCAAGAGGCAGAAGCAGCGGCCCUCUGAGGAGAGGAUUUCCCACGCGGUGGGCACGUCGCACGGACUAGAACGGAAGACGGUUCUGGAGCAGUUGGAUUUAAGCGUUCACGAUGGCUCUAUUCUCAAGGUUACCAACAAGGGGAGCACCUCGUACAAGGACCCAGGGAGCGCCGGGCGAGCCGGGUCCAUCCCGCCUUCCCCUUCGCCUGUGCCGUCAAAGGAAUCUAUGUGGAGUGCCAGCGAUCUCCGCCACCUGGAUUGGAAUAAGAUCCUGCGCAGGGCCAUCGAGGGCUUGGAUGACACGCACGGCUCCUCGCUCAAGAACAUCGAGAGGUACCUGAGGAACCAGGACGACCUCGCCGAGGCGUCCGACAACCCGGCCUUCCGCCAACGCUUGCGGCUGGCGGCCAAGCGCUCGGUCAACAGUGGCAGGCUGUUCAAGAACGGCCCGCGGUACCAGCUCGGCGGGCGCGGCGCGGCGGAGGCCGGCACGCCCAGGUGUCCGAUGGCCACCCCUUUGCUGCUGACGUCGGCGAGGCUCCUACCCCAUGAGCGAGAACAGCUCCGGGUGGACCCCAUCCCAAUAUGCAGUUUCUGUCUCGGCACAAAAGAGUCCAACCGGGACAAGCGUCCGGAGGAGCUCCUGUCUUGUGCCGACUGCGGGAGCAGCGGGCAUCCCUCGUGUCUGAAGUUCUCCCCCGAGUUGACCUCCCACGUGAAGCGAUUGCGGUGGCAGUGCAUUGAAUGCAAAACCUGCAGCUCCUGUCGAAUACAGGGCAAAAAUGCAGACCAGAUGCUCUUCUGCGAUUCCUGUGACCGGGGCUUCCACAUGGAGUGCUGCGACCCGCCGCUUUCCAGAAUGCCAAAAGGAACGUGGCUGUGCCAGGUCUGCAGGCCCAAGGAGAACGGAAGGAAGCUGCUGCACAGGAAAGCCGACGAGAUCAAACGCCGAUAUGCGAAGCCCAUCGGAAGGCCCAGGAAUAAGCUCACGCAACGAAUGUGUCUAAGCAGUGGUGAUGGUUCCAUGGUGGCACUCGGAGGAAGGGGGUCACCUGGUAGGGGUCUGAAGUUUAGCGUGUGUACCUCAUCCGGUCAUGCUGCAUCUGUGAAGGACGCCAGAGGCAGCUUGACCGUUACAGACGCCACCCGAUUCACCAUCCCAACCCCCACCUCCACCUCCACCACCGCCGCCACCGUCACUCCCCUCCUCACGCCCUCCUUCGCCACCCCAGCUGCGUUCGGCGUUAACAAGAAAACCAAAGGGCUCAUCGACGGGCUUUCCAAAUUCUUCACCCCUUCCCCCGUGGGGCGUCGCUCGCGCGCCGAGUCACCCGCCAACAGACGGUUAAGCUCUAGGGACGACGCGGCCGCAUCGGUCGACCCCCCGUCUGCGCUCCCCGCAGCCGCUUCCCCGACGUCGCCCGGGUUUAGCCCGCCCUCGCAGGUGUCCAGCGGCUCCACGUCGGCUAACUCCCCGCAGAGCUCUUCCAGCCAGUCUAGCGUUCCGUCCCUGGGUAGCCUCUGCAAUAGCAGCCAGCUCAAGGGACUGUUUGACGGACUCUCGCACAUUUACGCCACUCAGGGACAGUCGCGGAAAAAGAGGCUAGCGUGCUACGCGCCGCCCAAGCGCACGCAGCAAAAGCGGGACUCGCCCCACGCGUCCAAAGCGCCGCCGCCCCACCGCCUCGGAAAGAGCGAGUUUAGUCAAAACCGGCUCAGCUCCACGUCGGCAGGGCCGGGCCGACCCAGAGGACACGCCUUUAAGUUGGUCAGCCAUUUCAAGCGCAACCCCUUCCUUAAAAAGCACAGGACGCUAGGCAGGCUGAGGUAUAAAGUGAGCCCCCCGAAGGGAGCCCCCUCGCCAGGAAAGGGAGUCUUGACAGAUGGAAGAGUUAAGCCAGAGAGUAAUCAUGGACACAACGCAGAGCUGCGGGUGAAGCAGGAGGCCCGCACCAACUCGGCGGCCAGGUCAGGAGAGCAUGUGACUGACGAGGACAUGGAGGUGUUCGCCAGCGUCCGAGCAGUUGCUGCACAGAGAACGGGAUGUCAAAUGAACACGGACACCACGCGAUGUCCAGCUGUUAUUGAAUUUGGGAAGUACGAAGUACAAACCUGGUAUUCAUCACCGUACCCGCCUGAAUAUUUAAGAUUACAAAAGCUUUAUCUGUGCGAGUUCUGUCUGAAGUACAUGAGAAGCAAAAACAUUCUCCAGAGGCACACAAAGAAGUGUGGCUGGUUCCACCCGCCGGCCAAUGAGAUCUACCGAAAGGACGCCCUCUCCGUCUUUGAGGUUGACGGAAAUGUCAGCAAACUCUUCUGCCAAAACCUCUGCCUGUUAGCCAAGCUUUUCCUGGAUCACAAGACCUUGUAUUACGACGUGGAGCCGUUCCUCUUCUACAUCCUCACAAAGAACGACCACAAAGGCUGUCAUCUCGUGGGCUAUUUCUCCAAGGAAAAGCUUUGCCAGCAGAAGUACAACGUCUCCUGCAUAAUGAUCAUGCCUCAGUACCAACGGCAAGGAUUUGGACGCUUCCUUAUUGAUUUCAGUUACCUUCUCACCAGGCAAGAAGGACAAGCCGGCUCCCCUGAGAAGCCGCUGUCAGAUCUGGGUCGCUUAUCCUACCUGGCGUAUUGGAAAAGUGUCAUCCUGGAGUACCUUUAUAGGCAGCCGUAUAAACACGUCAGCGUUAAAGGCAUAAGCAGGGCCACGGGGAUGUGUCCGCACGACAUCGCCGCCACUCUGCAGCACCUCGGCAUGAUAGACAGACAGGAUGGACGGGUGGUGCUGAUCCGAAGAGAGCGACUGAUCCGUCGGCACGUGGAGAGACUGCGGGCCGACCCGCGUCGUCACGAGGUGGACCCCGACGCCCUGCGCUGGACGCGCCCCGCGUCGCACAACGCCGUCCUGUCCGAGGAGGAGAGGGAGGCGGAGAUGGAUGCCGCGCGUCUGAAGGAGCGGGCCAGCUGCUGGGAGAAAGAGGUGCGAGGGAGCCAAGAGGCCAAUCACGGCCGCAGACAAGCGCUCACCAAGAUGCACUGCAAGGUGCCCUACAGGACGUACGAGCGGCGCCACGCUCCGUUGUGGAGCAGACGCGUCCAGCCGCCGCAGGACGUCAGCGAGGACGACGACGUGGACUCCGACGGCUCGCCGGCCGCCCUCGCAAAGGCGCACGCCGUGCUGGCGGCCAAGCGAAAGAGGAGCAUUGCGUUGAAGAAGAGGGGACGCAAGAGAAAGCGAAUCAACAGCAGCGUCACAACGGAGACCAUCUCAGAGACCACCGAGGUGCUGAACGAGCCCUUCGACAACUCCGAGGACGAGGGCCCCGUGCCGCUGUCGGAGCGCAACUGCAGCGUGAGCGCCAUGGAAGAAGAGGAGGGCGAAGAAGAGGAGAACAAGAGCCAGAUUGCAACCGUAAAACGGCGGCGAGGUAGACCGAGGCUCAAGGAGAAGGUGCACAGAGACGAUCUUCAACAUUGGAAUGAAGCGGCCGACGUCCCCUCCAAGAGGCCCAGCAGACCUCGUCCAGUCAAGCGAAAGAAAGGUUGGCCCAAGGGAGUCAAACGAGGCCCCCCCAAGUGGCGCCUGAAGAACGAGCGGAAAAUGGGCUUCAAGCUGAACCUUUACACGCCGCCCGAAACGCCCAUGGAGGCGGAGCAGCACCAAAUCCAGGCCGAGGAGGCGCAGGGAGAACCGGACCGCCAGUUCGACGGCGACAGGGCGGCCCGACCGCCUUUGCGGUCCGAGCCCCCGCCCAAGUCGAGCUCCCCCGUCGGGUCGCCCGCCGCCUCUCCCGUCGCCGCAUUGCCAAGGAACGAAGACGGCGGUGAUUCGCCGGAGUAUCGAGAUGAUGAGCGGCAUGAAAGCGAUCGCGAUAUGGACUCCCCGACCAAAGAUGUGGAUCGCACCGCAGAAAUCGCUGCAUCGCCAGAUAAUCACAACAACUACCAAGAGGAGGAUUUGGAGCCGAUGACAAGGAUAGAAGAGGUAGAUGAUGAAGACGAAGGCCGCGAAAAGACAACAGAGCCUGAAAGCGGCCAACUAGAGGUGCCGGAAGGUUCAAAAGAAACGCCUGAAUGUUUUUUAGACACGGAAGACGACAGAGGGUCAAGUCAACCGCUUUCUCAAGAAGACAAAGCCACCGCCGCCACAGAAUGCAUUCAGGAUGCAGAGGCGGAAACGAAAGAACCGUCGCUGCUCCCUGCGGCCGAAGAGCUCUCUUCGGUGGCAGCUGUGGACUCCGAUAACCUCCCAGAGUCAGAGUCUGAAGAGGAGAGCGCACCCAGUCCUCGACAAGGUCACGCGGCGCCUCCGCCAGCCAAGAGGCCGACCCUCAGUCCCACGCUCGGGGACGGACCCCCGAUCUGCGCGGAGAUCGACUCCGAAACCGCGCGGGCCGUUCAGUCCCUGACGCGGGAGAGCGAGCGGGACGCGGUGUUCCAGGACUGCGUGGAGAGCCGGGAACCCUGCAGGAACUCGCACACCUUUGCCCCCAUCACCCCACUGGAAGACUGCCCCCAGUCCGACCACAGCAGCCCGCUGUCGUCGGCGCAGUCGCAUCCCAGCCAGUCGGUGCGCUCCGUGAGCAGCCCGGCCGUGUCCGUCCUGGAGACCGGCUAUGCGCAGAUCAGCCCCGACCACAGCGCCAUCUCCGUGCCCUCCAUCCACAACAUGGAGACCAGCCCCAUGAUGGACGUGCCGUCCGUGUCGGACCACUCGCAGCAGGUGGUGGACAGCGGCUUCAGCGACUUGGGCAGCAUCGAGAGUACCACCGAGAACUACGAGAACCCCAGCAGCUACGACUCCACCAUGGGGGGCAGCGUCUGCGGGGCCGGUCCCUCCCAGGGCGGCUGUCCCUACGGGGGCAUGCCGCCCAGCGGGCUGGCCCAGAGCAGCUGCGCCGUGAGCCAGCAAAUGGCCGCCGUCAAUCCGGGCGGCUGCGGCAUAAUUCAGCAGAACAGCCUCAGCUCGCCCCCGCACUGUAACGUCAAGUCGCCGCAGGGCUGCGUGGUGGCGGUGGAGCGGCCCCCCAGCGCCAGCCAGCAUAGCCAGCGCGGCACGCACGGCCAGCAACACGGCAGGCACGGCCCCCGCAAUCAGCUCGGCCCCCACAAUCAGCUCGGCCAGCACGGUCAACACAAUCCCCACAACCAGCAUAGUCACCACCACAAUCUCCACCUGCAGCACAAUCAGCUCAGCCAGCACAAUCAGCACGCGCCGCAUAACCUCCACAAUCAGCACGCUGCGCAGGACGUCGCCGCCCAGUGCGCCAUCCCCGCCAACUUCGCAGCCGGCGUCCAGUUGCCCGACAUCCCGGAGUCGGGCAAUCCCAACUUCGCCCUCUACGAGAGGAUCAACCACCAGGGCGAGUACGCCGGCGGGCACUACCCGCAGUCGUCGGGCCUCAGCCUGGCCAAGCUGCAGCAGUUCACCAACACGUUCAUCGAGCACCCCCGCUCGCUGCCCUUCAACCACUCUGCGUCGCACCCCAUCACGUCCUACGCCAGCACCCCCUCGCUGUCCUCGCAGCACUCGGGCCUGGUGUCGCUGUCGCAGACCCCGCACCGAGUCCCCAACGCCCAGGCGCAGGCCGCCAUGACGCCGCCCCCCCCCAGCGGCCUGGGAUCGCCGCCAGCCAUGAUGCUCCAGCGCAACAUGGGCAUCCCGCCGGCGCAGCGCAUCCAGACCCAGAUGAUGGCGAAGAGCCACGCGUCGUCACGCUCCAAGUCGGCGCCGCUCACGCACCACCACCCCCACCACCACCAUCACCACCAGCACCAGCAGCAGAUGUACGCGCGGCAGCCCCAGAGCGUCGCCGUGCAGGCGCCGGCCCGGACGCUGGCGGGCAUGCCGCGCGUGAACAUGAGCGUCAACAUCAUGCCGGCGCCGGCCUACAACUCCAUGAACAUGCCCUCGCUCAACGCCAUGAACGGCUACGGCAUGAGCCAGCCCAUGAUGAACAGCGGCUACCACGGCAACCACACCGCCUACAUGAACCAGUCGCCCCAGUACUCUAUGCAGAUGGGCAUGAUGGGAACGCAGCCAUACCCCCAGCAGCCCAUGCAGGCGGCGUCGCACGGCAACGUGGUGUACACUCCGGCCGGUCACCAUGGCUACAUAAACACGGGCAUGUCCAAGCAAUCGCUCAAAGGGCCUUUCAUCAGGCGGUAGCCCACCGCCGCUGCGUGGUUUUGCUUUCGAUGCACUGAUCUGGCCUUUGUUUUUCUUCUUCUUUGUGUGAUCUACACGACUCUCAAAAAGUUUGAGUUUUUCGGGCGAAAUUUCAGGGUGAACCUAAAAUGCAGUAUUGUGGAGAAGACUGGGAGACGAGAUCCAGUUGUGCCACUUGGCUCUCCGCAUACAAACUGUUUUCACAUCAGACAGCCAAUCGUUCAUCCGCUGCCCCUCCCUUGAAGAGAUACCCCCCUGGUCAAUGUCUCCCUCUUGUGGGUCACCACAGUACAACCGCUACAGGUCAACUUCCUUUGCCCGUUAAGCAUUUCAAUCGAUCGGAAGCUCGUCCGUGUAAUUCAAUAAUGACUAGGACAGAUUUCGGAGUCACAGAUCUUGAUUUAUUCACUGAAAAAAAAAACAAAAAAACAUUUUUUAAAAAAUGAACUGAGGUAUGGGCGGCAACAUUUGCCUCACAGUUCUGAGGUUGCGGGCUCAAAUCUGACCUCGCCUGGGUGGAGUUUGCAUGUUCUCCCCGUGCCUGCGUGGUAGGUUGAUUGAAGACUCUAAAAUUGCCCGUCGGUGAGCACGAACGGUUGUUUGUUUGUUUCUAUGUGCCCUGCGAUUGGCUGGCGACCGGUUCAGGGUGUACCCCGCCUUUCGCCCGAAAAUAGCAGGAGUAGGCGCCAGCACGCCUGAGGAUAAGCGGUACGGAAAUUGGAUGGAUGGAACCGAGGUAGUUCAAAAGAGCGUCGUCACCAGCGGGAUUUAUCCUGGCCAGCUCUCCUUUUACUGUUUCCUGUAGUGCAUUUAAGGUUCAUCCUGAAAUUUCACCCAAAAGUUGAAUAUUCCUAACUUUUUGUGAGAUGUGUUUAUAUAUAUAUAUAUAUAUAUAUAUAUAUAUACACACACACGUUAAUAUAUAGUUCUUUAAAGACAAAAACCAGCAGCAGCACUUGGAACGAAUGCAAACAUUUCGAUUCAUGUUAAAGAAAAGAAGAGAGAAAAACAAAUAUUUUUGUUCCUCCAUAACGGGAAGCCUUACGGGAAGCCACGGCGAUGUCGAUGAUGAAAUUCUAUUUAAUUAGCAGCAGGUUCAGAGGCUCCGAGGUCGGCCUUCCGUCGUCGUGUAGCAGCCUCCAACGGAAGCCAUUUUUUAAUGUGCCUGUUCACGAGUGGAACCUGUUCAGUGUGUUAACUGUCCAACAGUGCUCACGCGUACACCAUUUAGUUUGUACCAUAUUCGCGCCUUUGUAUAUUUAAAUUAUUGUAUGUAUUUUUUUUUUUUUUUUUUGUAAAGUGGCAAACCUUAGCAUGCUUGGGUCUCUCCUUUAGUGACAGUGCGUUGAGUAGUACUGUACAAGUGUCGUGCUUAACAAAUAGCAAGCCAUUUUCAAGCUACCGGGCCUUUUAUUAGGUGAAAAAUGAAAUUAUAUUUUGUUAAUGCUAAUAAUAUUAAAAAAAAAAAAAAAAAAACAACACGUAAACUUUUAGUCC